CUGCCUGCAACCUGGUCCGCGACGACGCAGCUGGUGCCAUAUCAACAUUCGAGGGAACAACCCGCAGCACAUUCAACGGUAAGGAGACGUUCUACGACCGCAGCAGACAAUUGCCACCGGCAACUAGCCUGUAUUCGGUGACUCAUUGCUGUGGAUGCCUGUAGGAAAGAGAGUACUGAAGCUCGAGUACACAGCAUACGAGAAGAUGGCGCGCAAAGAAUGGAUGAAGGUGGUUCAGGAGGCCCGCAGCAAGUACCAUUUGCUCGGCACAGUAAUGCACCACCGGAUCGGCGAGGUCGGGGUUGGCCAGACCAGCGUGAUUAUCGCAGUAUCGUCGGCGCACCGGGCUGAUGGCCUCAAUGCGGUCCAUUUCCUGAUAGACAGCCUCAAGGCCCGCCUGCCGAUUUGGAAGAAAGAGCAGCUGGAUGAUGGCACCGGCGUUUGGAAAGAGAACGAGGCCAUCGACCUGUCAGCACACAAGGCCACACACUAGAGUCUAUAUAUAUUUAAUUGUCAAUACUAGUUGGGCCCUGCAAUGUGGUCCUCCAUAUAUGCUAAUG